AUGUUGUUUUCUUCUUCUUUUUUUUCUUCUUCUUCUUCUUCUUCUUCUUCUUCUUAUUAUUAUUAUUGUUUACAACUACUUUCUUCUUCUUUUUCUUCUUCUUCUUAUUAUUUACAGUUACUUUCUUCUUCUUCUUCACAGCUACUUUCUUCUUCUUCUUCUUAUUACUAUAUCAUUUUUUCUUUUCUUCUUCUUUCUUUUCUUCUUUCUUUUCUUUUAAAAUCUUCUUUUUCUUCCUUUUCUUCUACUCUUCUUCUUCUUCCAUCCUUCCUUCCUUCUUCUUCUUUCCUUCUUUUCUUCAUUGUUCUUCUGGGAAUAUCUUUUUUAGAUUUCUUUCUUUUUUUUUUUUUUUUUUUUUUUCUUUUUUCCUUCUUUUUACAAUUUUUCCUCUUUUUUAUUAAUUUUCUUCUUUUCUUUUUUUUUUUUCUUUUUUCUUUUUCUUCUUCUUCUUCUUCUACUUUUUCUUCUUCUUUUUUUUUCUUUCUUUCUUUUUUUUUGUUUUACUUCUUCAUUUCUUCUUCUUUCUUCUUCUUUUCUUCUUCUUUUUUCUUUUGUGUUCUUCCCUUCUUCUUCUUUUCUUCUUCUUUUCCUUUUUUUUUCUUUUUUUUUCUUCUUUUUUAUUCUUUUUCCUUCUUCUUUUCUUCUUCAACUUUUCUUCUUCUUUUUUCAUCCUCUUUUUCUUUUCUUCUUCUUUUUUCUUCUUCUUUUUUUCUUCUUCUUCUUUCCUUCUUCUUUUCUUCUUUUUUCUUUUGUGUUCUACUCUUCUUCUUCUUUUCUUCUUCUUUUUUCUUUUUCUUUCCUUCUUUUUCUUUUUUUCCUUCUUCUUUUUUUCUUCAACUUUUCUUCUUCUUUUCUUCUUUUUUCAUCCUCUUCUUCUUUUCUUCUUCUUCUUUUUCUUCUUCUUCUUCUUCUUAUCAGAAAUCUACCAAGCCGAAUAUUAUCAUUAUUAUUGUUUUAAGUACCGUCCGACUUUCUCUUCUUCCUCCUCCUCCUUUCUAUACUUAA